AUGACCAAACCCAAUCUCCUUGAGCUCCCCUCGGGAGUUCAGCUCGUUUACCUCGCCGAGGGAGGAGCAAAUGUGAUUUAUCGAUUUGUCAGAAAACCGGUUCUCACCAGAAAAGACCCAAAGAGGCCACUACCUCCACCUACACACGACACGGAUCAUUGCAACCUACCAACCCAACUCAAGGGAAAAUUGCUCCGACUCCGCAAAGAAACCGCAGCCGACAUCUCCUACCCAGAGAUUGUCAGAAACUUCGACACUAUCAUCCGACCGUUAUUCAAACCCGAAGAACUAGUCGACCAAACCCUCGUCAGACUCCCAGAGGGUCUCGUCGCCAGCUGCAAUGAGCAACUCCGGACUGCCGAACUGAAUGGCGCACGUCCAGAAAAACGCCAUGGCAGCUAUCUCUGUCUACAUGAGCCAUUCGGGCUACUAAUCACCGAUAUGACGACCGCCGGAGACCCCGGCACCACCCUAGCCGAGCUAAAACCCAAAUGGCUCAACCAGUCACCAUCAGCGCCCGCGACAGCGCAUAGGUGUCGGACCUGUGCGCUGAGGGAUAUGAAAAACCGCGAGUCGCAACUCCUAGGUCGCAAAGAGCAACGGUCCUUCUGUCCGCUGGAUCUGGUGUCGGAGCAGUAUGAGAAUGUGCUACGGGCGACGGGGUUGAUCAAGGGCUGCAAGGAUCGCUCGCGAUUGGCUCGCAUUUUGUAUCGAAACCCGACGCUGCAGAGACUGCAGUCUCUGCAGAAGAUUGAGAGGGAUGUUGGGCUGCACGGUCCGGCCGCGCAGUCUCGGGAGAUGUCGCUUGCGAUGACGUUGCGGGACUGUACAAUGUUCAUUAAGGUAAGUUCAUGCUGCGAAUCAGGGUCUGUCAUGGCCAAGAUCAAGAUCAAGAUCAUGUCGGGAAACAUCAUCCAGAGUCGAAUACUGACCUCUCUACAGAUCCCCCAUGACGAAAGGUCAUCUGUUGAAAUCCGCCUCGGUGACCUCGAUCUGAAGACCGGCGCCGGCGGGAAAGCGGGCUACUGGCGAGAUCUGGAAACACGGCUGAUUGACCAAGGCUGGUAUCGGGGAAGUAAUAUCAGUCAAAAUUCGGGCGAGUGCGCUUUGCAUAGCCCGCGGAGACCCUCUCAGUCUUAUUUAGCAUGA